AUGGGAACUCAAGUAGGGCCGGUAGACGCCCCUUCAUUGGGCAACCCAUCCGACAAGAAAACUGUUGCGUACUUCUACGACUCUGAUGUGGGCAAUUACGCCUAUGUGGCGGGCCAUCCUAUGAAACCUCACAGAAUACGGAUGGCUCAUAGCCUUAUCAUGAAUUAUGAGCUUUACAAGAAGAUGGAAAUAUACCGAGCCAAACCUGCGACGAACUACGAAAUGGCCCAAUUCCACACCGACGAAUAUGUAGAAUUCCUCAAGAAGGUCACGCCAGAUAACAUGGAGCAAUAUCAGAAAGAGCAGGGAAGAUUCAACGUCGGAGACGACUGUCCAGUAUUUGACGGCUUGUUCGAGUUCUGCGGCAUCAGCGCCGGUGGCAGUAUGGAAGGCGCUGCAAGAUUGAAUAGAGGGAAGUGUGACGUUGCGAUAAAUUGGGCGGGUGGCCUUCAUCACGCGAAAAAGAGCGAAGCCAGCGGUUUUUGCUACAUUAAUGACAUCGUUUUGGGCAUAUUGGAGCUUUUACGGUACAACCACAGAGUCCUCUACAUCGACAUUGAUGUUCACCAUGGUGAUGGUGUAGAAGAAGCCUUUUACACUACUGACCGAGUCAUGACUGUCUCAUUUCACAAGUAUGGCGAGUACUUUCCCGGCACCGGAGAGUUGCGCGAUAUAGGCGUUGGGUCGGGCAAGCAUUACGCGGUGAACUUCCCAUUAAGAGAUGGCAUUGACGACAAAUCCUACAAAGAAAUAUUUGAGCCGGUCAUCCAGAGCGUAAUGGACUACUACAGGCCAAAUGCGAUUGUACUACAAUGUGGUGGAGACAGCCUCUCAGGCGAUCGGUUAGGAUGCUUCAACCUCAGCAUGAACGGACACGCAAAUUGCGUCAACUUUGUCAAAAGCUUCAAUCUUCCAGUCUUGGUCCUAGGAGGAGGUGGAUACACAAUGCGAAAUGUCUCCAGGACGUGGGCAUAUGAGACUGGUCUCCUCGUCGGACAAAAAAUGGGUCCAGAGUUGCCGUUCAAUGAUUAUUAUGAAUACUAUGCGCCGGACUACGAGCUCGAUGUACGGCCCUCUAACAUGGAUAAUGCCAACUCCGGCGACUACCUUCAAAAGAUCAAGAUACAAGUUAUAGAAAAUCUUCGGCAAACAGUCCACGCGCCCUCCGUACAGCAGCAAGACGUACCACGCGACCCAGAGGGGUACAACGACGAAGCCGAUGCAGAAUUAGAUGAUGCCGAUGAGGACGAAAACCCUGACGUCCGCCACACGAAACGCCGUCUCGAUCAAUAUGUUGAGAAAGACGGCGAGCUCAGUGAAAGUGAAGACGAAUAUGAGGCAGAACUGAACGGUGGGCGCGGACACAGAAAUGGUGUCAAGAGGCGGAGAAACAUGAUGGACUUCCAAAACCCCCUUGCAGUGGCCGAUGAUGAGAGCAUUGUUGGUGGCAGUCGUGCUGCGUCAGCUCGUAGUGGCCGAGGCCAAACGAACGGCAUUGAUCACAGUGACGUUGGUGACAGCGAAGCAGCCGACGAUGAAGAUGAGGAUGUCGAUAUGGCUGACGACGACGUCAACGGUGCAGCAAACGGAACGGCUGCCCAGGAAGCGACUCCACCAGACUCUCCAGAACAGAUCGCUGCCGACCCAACGCUGCCCGGAAAUGUUGCCACAGAUACUGGCAACGAUGCGAUGGAUGAAGGAGAUAUGGCUGUUGAUGAUGAUAAGGAGGAGGGCAGGGAGGAAAGGGAGAUCGAAGCUGCGACGGCCGAGAAGGCCACAGAAGUGGUGCAACGGCAGGAGGAUUCAUGA